GAGAGAGAGAAUCAAAUUCCGUUGAAAAAUUAAAUGCCCAAUAACCGACAAGUUCCAUCCACGUCCAAACACAACCCAUCUUUACACUUAAAAGCCUCUUUCCCUCCUCUGUUCCAAUUGCAUACUUCCAUUCUUCUAAAAUCGCAAACGCAAAUCCAAAACCCAAGAUCGACAUAUAAACUUGCUGAUAACCUAAACAAUCCGAUCCGAAAAUGAGUGGGAGCGAAGGGAGCUCGGGGCACUCGGCCGGCGGCGAGACGGGAGCGCCGGCUGCGGAGAAGAAGAAGGAGAAGGCGAGAGUGAGUCGGACGUCGCUGAUACUGUGGCACGCGCAUCAGAAUGACGUUGCGGCGGUGCGGAAGCUUCUGGAGGAAGAUCCGUCGCUGGUGCACGCCGGAGAUUAUGAUAAUCGGACUCCGCUUCAUGUGGCGAGUAUUCACGGAUGGAUCGAUGUUGCCAAGUGCUUGAUUGACUUCGGGGCUGAUGUCAACGCCCAAGAUCGCUGGAAAAACACGCCUCUAGCUGAUGCAGAAGGAGCUAAAAAACAUAGCAUGAUUGAGUUGCUAAAGUCGUAUGGUGGCCUGUCUUACGGCCAGAAUGGCAGUCAUUUUGAACCAAGGCCUGUUGCACCCCCAUUAUCAAAAAAAUGUGACUGGGAGAUUGACCCUUUGGAACUUGACUUCUCGAACUCGGUCAUCAUAGGGAAGGGGUCCUUUGGUGAGAUUGUAAAGGCAGGUUGGCGUGGAACACCUGUGGCUGUCAAACGCAUUCUUCCAAAUCUUUCAGAUGAUAGAUUGGUGAUUCAGGACUUCAGGCACGAGGUGAAUUUGCUAGUGAAGCUUCGCCACCCUAACAUAGUGCAGUUUCUUGGAGCUGUUACUGAAAAGAGGCCCUUGAUGUUAAUUACUGAGUAUUUGCGUGGAGGGGAUCUUCAUCAGUACCUUAAGGAAAAGGGUGCACUUAAUCCAUCAACAGCAGUCAACUUUGCAUUAGACAUCGCCCGAGGCAUGGCUUAUCUUCACAAUGAGCCAAAUGUUGUAAUUCACAGGGACCUAAAGCCAAGGAAUGUUCUUCUAGUCAACUCCAGUGCAGACCAUCUAAAAGUAGGAGACUUUGGACUAAGCAAGCUUAUUAAGGUUCAGAAUUCCCAUGAUGUGUACAAAAUGACUGGCGAGACUGGAAGCUACCGGUAUAUGGCUCCUGAAGUUUUCAAGCACCGGAAAUAUGAUAAGAAGGUUGAUGUUUUCUCCUUUGCAAUGAUCCUCUAUGAGAUGCUUGAAGGUGACCCACCGCUGUCACACUAUGAACCUUAUGAAGCAGCCAAAUAUGUGGCAGAAGGACAUAGGCCUAUGUUCAGGGCAAAAAGUUACAUGCCUGAAUUGAGGGAGUUGACAGAGCAGUGUUGGGCAGCAGAUAUGAAUAAGAGACCUCCUUUCCUGGAAAUUCUCAAGAGGCUUGAAAAAAUUAAGGAAAUUGUACCUGCAGAUCAUCACUGGCACAUCUUUAAUUCUUGACAUAUUAAAGCCUAUAUCCGGAUAUUGAGACUUUAGUUUGAUCUCGAAUACAAACAUAGUCCGUGAUGUUGCCUACUCUCACUCAGUUUCAGUAGUCCCGCAGUCUCUCAAAACAGUUUGCGAAGGAGUCUCGUCUAAAUCAACAGAUUUCAAGUGUUCAUCUUCCGGUCAGAAUCUUGUCAGCUCUUUUUUUUUUUUUGUUUGAAAGUUGUAGUUUGUUGUGGUUUAGGUGAAUACUAAUACACCCAGACAAGCAUUAUUCUGUCAUUUGCUUUUCUAUUGUUUACCGCGCAGACAAGGUUCUCUACGUGAGCCUCAGAGUGGUUGUUUGGGCUAUUACAUUGUUAUCUCUGUAAAUGCCGGAUUUAUUGUUUUGCUAAAGAUUAUGUUGUAGUCUUUCGGAUUUCAGAAUAUUUUAGC